AUGUUAAAGAACCAAAAUCUCGAGAUUUCAGUGAAUUCGUAUCCCAAAACCUAUUUUGAUAAAGCAAUGAAAAGAAAAUACCGUUCAUUGGGAGAUAAUGUCGAGAAUAUGUGUAAUCAAGACGCAGGCAAAUGUCCAUCUUUUGAUUACAUUUCUUCAGGGAACAAGUGUUCAGAGGGUCAUUGUAAACGAAAAAUAAAUACUAUUCAGAAUAGUCUGUUACAGAAUAAAAGUGAAAUUCAGUCACUUGGAGAAAAUACAGAGAAUGAAGACUUGCCAGGCACCUGGGUUGAAUGUAGCUUCUGUUCUAAAUGGCGUUAUCUACCAAAUGUUCAUGAUCCAACUCAACUAGACUCUGCAUGGCAUUGUGCACUGAAUCCAAAGUACUUCAAACUGAAUUCACUCCUUUCUAAUUCAAAGAAAUAUAUUUAUAAUCCAUGUGAAGAACCUGAAGAUUUAAGUGCUGCUAAAGAGGAUGACGAAUUUGUUUUCGGACAUUUCUCUGUAGGGUCUGUGGUGUGGGCGAAGAUUCAGGGUUAUCCAGACUGGCCAGCUAUGGUUUAUUACAACUGUCAAGGGAAAUAUGCUGAACUGGAUCCACAAAGUAAAGAGGUGACUUAUUACUAUGUAGUAUUUUUGGAUCCUAAAUGUUCAACAAUGAGUCGGGUACAAUCGAAUAAAGUGCAUAAAUUUACUACAUUCGAUGAAAUGGACCUUAGUAAAGUUCCUAAACGAUUUUGGAAAAGGCUACAGGCAGCGGGACAAGAGGCUGAAAGUGCCCUGCUAUUAAGUGUAAAGGAUAGAAUAGCCACAUUUGGAUAUGAUCAUGACUAUGAGGAUAUCAAAGUGAAGAACUAUAUUCCAAAAUUAACAACAACUUACCAAACAGAACAAACAUUUCAGAAAUGUAUUGUAACCAAUGUUAAGCAGAAAAGGAUUUGUCGACGGAGAUUACCUAAAGUUUCUGUAUAUCCAGCCGGAAGAAUUGAGAAUUCAUUCGAUGCUAAUCAUGGUUACUCUUCAAAUAAUGUUCAUAAAAAUAUCAAAGAUAAAUCUCAAGUUAAAAAUGCUUCACAGCCUUCCCAUGUUAUACUGGAAUGUACUGAAACAAAUGUGAAACGAAAAAAACGACAGAAAGUAAAAGAUUCUGAUAUUUCGCCGUGUUUAACAAAUAAACUCAAAAAUAAUCAGACGGAAAAUACAGCCAGCGUCGUUUACACUAGUCACAUGAAGAACGCAUUAGAUACAAAUACAAAGCCAGCAGUGAAUAAUCUCCUAGGAGAUACUACCAAUAAUCAGUCAUCUUCACUUAACAAUCAAGAUUCUAACAACUAUAUAAUAAUUCAAUGUGACAAUACGCCUGUAGAAGAAGUCUCUUCUUUAAAUAAGGAAUUAAUAAUCGAUCAAAAGAAUGUAAUAUUGCCGAUGAGUGAGCAUGACAAAGAUAUAUACUAUACUGACCAGAAUGACAAUUAUUAUGCUGGUAAUGCUGUUGUUGUUGAUGAUGAUGAUGAUGUUGACAAUGACAACGGUGCUGGUUGCGUUGGUUAUCUGACAGAUGAAGCAGAUAAAUCUGUUGUCUCUGAUUGUGAAUCCCAAGACUACUCACCAAGUUUUCUAAAACCAAUAGGAUGUGAUGACCUAAUCAAGGAGCAUAUCUACUCUACGCAUGUCUUUCAGGAUUAUGAUAACACAACAACCGAUGCAUCAGUAAACAAACUGUCAGAGGAUAUAUACUCAUUAGAAUUAGGCCUAAGUAACAAUGAUAAUAAUGGUGAUGAUAAAAUUAACAGACUGAAUUAUUUCGACUUGAUUUGUUCAGACUUAGCUUUUUAUUCUUCUAAUAAUAGUGACAUCAACAAUCAUAAUAACAGUCAAAAGACAUAUGUUGAACAACAUUUCAUAGCUACGCCUAAGUGUUUACAGUCAAUAAGUUGUAAUAAGCAAUUAUUAUAUCAAAGCAUUCCAUUCUUUUAUCAGUAUUAUGGAAAUACUGAAGAUUAA